UUUACAAGUUUCUUCUAUAUAUCUUAUGCAUUCACAACCUAUUUCAAAUAGUAAAAUAUUAUUAGCUUCUAGUUCGCAAGUUUUUUCUAUGUGUUUUGCAUAUUCAAAUAGUGAAAUAUUACAAACUUCAGUUUUUCCUAUGUAUCUUAUAUAUCCACAGCCUAUAUUAGAUAAUGAGAAUAGUGUAUUGAUUAAUUCUGGUAUAUCAGACAUGAACAAAGAUUUAGAUAUUAACAAAAAUUCAGAUAUGAAUAAAGAUUCAAACAUGGACAAAGAUCAAAAUAUUGACUUUCGUGAUCAAAAAAAGCUUGAGAUUGUUUCUAAUUUAGUAUUUUUAAAUUAG